AUGAGCACAAUCCGCAAAUUCACCUAUCGCGCAGGACUUUUUGACCCUGUUAAUCUUGUCUGCAAGGACGGCAUCAACGAGGCGUUGUACGAGUUUGCAGGUGUUAUCACCAAAGAAAAUCAUGUUCAAGUGUUGGAAGGACUACUCGAUAGGAGCCAUGUCGUUGAAUUGAUCCUAUCAGGCCUGGACGAAGAGAUACCUCUACAAGAUUGGAUAUUGGACGGGUUUCCAUCAACAGCACACAGCUUUGAGCGAAGCUUUGCUUACAGACUAUUGAUGAAACUAUCUAAUUUCUUUCUCUUCCAUUCGUCACCCGGGGAGAUUUGUGACCGGGAAAAUCACCAAAUUAUAAAACUCACUCCAGAACUCUUACAGUCCCUUUUGGCAUGGAAAGACAUAGGGUCCGAGGAAACUUCAGGUCACUCUAAGCCGGGUGCAAAGAAGGGACACUGGGGUAAACUCAGUCAAAAAGAAAUGAAGAAAUCCAAAAAGGCCGCAUAUCGUCCUGUGGUAAAUGAGUCGCCAUUUCUCAUUACGAAUAUACCGGUGCCUCAAAGCUCUUCUGGUGCCACAGCAUGCAUGCAACACACUUUGGAAAGGUUAAAAGAAAUUUUGAAGGAACGUCCUAUCGAUCUGCAUAUUACGACAUCGUCAACAAUCAUAGUUGACGAUCCUCCUCCACCAGCCCCGACGACUGCCACAGAGACGGCGGUGGCGUUUCCAAUGGUUCGGCCGUUGAAAUCAGCGCUAUACUUCGACAGCCCGGAAGGGUUUGGGAAAUGGAAUAUUCUAAUUUCAACCAGCGCACACCAAGACCUCCGCAGGUACCGUCAUAAGGCAAAGGCCUCCUUCGACAUCAUCAUAAAGAAAAUGAAGGAGCUUUCGAACGGUCAUUUUUCAUACGACAACCAGAAGAGGCUGAGCGGUCCCGGAACGGAGGUUCCCAUUUACGAGGCUAAAUUAAGUGGUGACCUUCGUCUCAUCACGGAAACGCAAGUCCUUCGAGUCUAUGGGAUAUAUACCCACGCACAAAUGGAUAAUCGUUUAUGGCACUCCGUCUCUUCGCGUCUUGAUAAGCGUGGGAACGAGUAUAGGAGCAGGUGUCUGCAGCGCAAGAAACAAGAUGGGGACGUAUUUCUCCCCAUAUGUUUCUCGUCUUCGGUGGAAGUCGGAGAAGACACUUCGCUCAUGAUUCCUGACUUACCUCCUGACGACAAGAAUCAGUUGCAUAAGAUUUUGACGUUGGAAAAAUAUGUUGCCUUGUCUAAGGAAUUUCUAGACAGUAAAGCACAAUUCCUUUAA